UAGAGUGCGGGUCCCGCUGUCAACAACAUACGUACCGGAGAGCAGGCGAAUGCCGGCUAAACAAACUUUAUGCCCUGCGCGGACCUACGGAAACGAUACUGUGAUUUAAAAGUUUCGAGACGAGCACAUAUCACCGACAGGUUUUGUUUGAUCCUGUUAGAUUUAAGUCCCUGCCUCCAAAGUGCACCAACUGGAUAGUAAGCCAUGGCAACCACAGUGCCUAAACUCUCCAGCGGUGGCGCAGUCAAAAUCCGCUUUACCAGCAUAGACCUGGGCACCACCAGAUGGAAAGAAGGAACUUUUGAGAUUCUGGAAAAGGACAACAAGGUCAACCUCUGUCUAAGAUUCAGCUGUGGCGGAGCUUCCAAAACUUUCCAGCUGAACCAAAAUGUGAAGAGCAUCAACCAGUAUUCAAACCGAAUUAUUCUGACUUUGAAAGACAGCAGUGUCAUCACCCUGGAUAAGAUGCCCCAGACGUUGGCUCAGAAGACUAAGGAAUACCUGGACAAGCUGAAGGGAAAGACAAUUUUAAAAUCAUCCCAUGGAAGUGCAAACUUCAGUGUGCUUGGGAACCGCUCAAUGAAAAAUGAGACUAGUCCGACGGGGGAGAGACAGACUCCUAACAUCUUCCAGACAACACCGAGGCGGCAGAGUGCAGAAGGUCGGGAGGACACAACACAGCGGAAGCCUCUGGGUAGCCCGAGUAGAGCUGCCUCCACUCCCACUCGCACUGGACUCUCUGAGAAUAGGAGUGAGAAGCGAAAGAGACUCCUUAACUCUGAAAGUGACCUGACUGAGGACUACCCCAAGGAAAAUGACUCCUCAAGCAACAACAAGGCCACUUCGGAUCCAUCCAGGAAGUUUCUACUGAGCUGCAAAGAGAAGCUGAAGCAGGCAGAAGAAAACAGGAGCUCAGCGCCACUGGGUUCAACUCCCCUUCAGCCAACGUCAUUCUACGGUAGCCGCUCUGUGACUAAAGACUACAGCCAGAGCCACUCUUUCCUGGACAGGCCAUCCAGUACAGCACAGACCAGCACAGCCAAGAGAAGCCUCAUGCUGCCUAAUCACUCAACUCCCUUCAAGAAGGUACGGCCCUCUCUGGACUACGGUGGCUGGAACAAGCAGAGGCCUUCCACUCUGGCCCAGCCCCAGCCCCCACUACAAGGAUUCUCCAACCUGGGCAACACUUGCUACAUGAAUGCCAUCCUGCAGUCCCUCUUCAGCCUCCCCUCCUUCUCUAAUGACAUGCUGAGGCAGAGCAUCCCAUGGAAGAAAGUGCCCAUCAAUGCAUUGCUCAGGCGUUUUGCUCACCUUAUGGUCAAGAAGGACGUGGGCUGUCCAGAAACAAAAAAGGACCUCUUGAGGAAAGUGAAGAGUGCCAUUUCCUCCACAGCUGAGCGUUUCUCUGGAAACAUGCAAAAUGAUGCUCAUGAGUUCCUGAGCCAGUGUUUGGACCAGUUAAAGGACGAUGUGGAGAAAAUUAACAAGAGCUGGACGAAUGAAGCUGCGGCAUCCUCGUCGUCCUCUGUGGUGUGUGAGAAUGGCCAGGAGGCAACGUCAUCAGCACCCAAAGCAGAGCCUGGUGAAGAGGUGGACACCUCCCGCGUCUACACCUGUCCUGUGGCUGUCAACAUGGAAUUUGAGGUGCAGCACACCAUCACCUGCAAAGGCUGUGGCGAGGUGGUGACUAAGCGAGAGCAGUUCAAUGACUUGUCCAUCGACCUACCACGCAGAAAGAAAACCCUCCCACUUCGCUCUAUGCAGGAUUCUCUGGAUCUCUUUUUUAGGAUGGAGGAAAUUGAGUAUUCGUGUGAAAAGUGCAACGGGAAGACAGCGACUGUUAUGCAUAAAUUCAGCAAACUGCCCAGAGUGCUCAUCCUACACCUGAAACGGUACAGCUUUAACGCUCAGCUGUCUUUGAACAGCAAGCUGGGCCAGCAGGUGGUGAUUCCCCGGUACUUGACCCUGCUGUCCCACUGCACUGAAUCCACACGACCCCCUAUUAGUCUCGGCUGGAGUUCCCAAGCCUCAAUGUCCAGAACUCUCAAAACGUCACAGUUGGUCAACUCCUCCACAGCACCUCUCCGAAGGAUUGGAGGGAAAGUGGCCAGCUCUAGCUGCACCUCUAUCCUCUUGGACUCUGACUGUGAAGAAGAAACUACCAGAAAGGUGAGCGCGAGCCGCAAGCGACGCCUUAGCAGCUGUCUGCCUGACGAUGAUGACCGACCGGAAGAGCGGGGAGCAGCAAUAGAUUCAGCAGACUUCAGUGGCAUAAAUGAUGAGGAAAUGCUGGCAGCCGUCCUGGAGAUGAGUCGUCAAGAGGCCGGGCUGUCAGCUCCACCCUCCCUGGAGGAUGAGCCAACCAGCAGCCCUGACACAGGCUUUGGGGACACAGAUGCCCAUGACCUGGCCUAUCAUACUGAUCUGCUGGAGACAGACAUCAAACAGCCUGCAGAUGUGCUGGAUUCACUGGACUUGACAAUGGAUGAGAACAAGGAGAACCAGACUCCAGAAGGUGUGCAGCAGCAGGGGGAACUGGACUGGGUCCAGCAGUACAGUCUGGAUCAGGAGAGGGAAGAACAGGAGCUGCAGCAGGCGCUGGCCCAGAGCCUCCAGGAGCAUGAGGCCCAAGAGAUGAGAGAGGAUGAUGAUCUGAAGAGGGCCACUGAGCUCAGUUUGCAAGAGUUUAACAACUCUCUGCCUGAGCUGCUGUGCUCAGAUGAUGAUUCUGGCAACGAGGAUGUGCUGGACAUGGAGUACACUGAAGCAGAGGCUGAGAACCUGAAGAGGAACGCUGAGAGCGGAGACUUGGCCAACUCUUUCAGACUCAUCAGUGUCGUCAGUCACAUUGGGAGCAGCUCCUCCUCUGGCCAUUACAUCAGCGACGUGUACGACAUGAAGAAGCAGUCGUGGCUGACCUACAAUGACCUGGACGUGUCACGCACACAGGAAGCGGCGGUCCAGCGGGACCGUGACCGCAGUGGAUACAUCUUCUUCUACAUGCACAAGGAUGUGUUUGAGCAGCUGUCUGAAAUGGAGAGAUCUGGAGCGAGCGCCACUUCAGAGGCAGGAAGGAACAUCCUGCAGCCCCUCUGAGCGCUACAGCUUUGCUCAGCCGCUGACAAACACACAUCCACAGCUGAACCCUGGUAGAUUGAGCUCUCCUCUGAACAUUCAACGUUGAGUACUACUGAUUGCCGUCCUUUUUUUUUGGUCGUCUUCAGGCACUUCUUUUCCUCGACAAAUCACUAAAUGCCGACACAGGCGCUCAACUGUCUAGACUCUUUAAGAUAGCAGAAAUGCAGAUACAAAUGUUCAGUGGAUCAAAUUUUGCCUCCCUUGUUUUUGGGGCUGGAGUUUUUCUUUGCUAUGAUUUUAUCAAACAACUGUUUUGUAAAGGUUUUUUUUUUCCUUUUGUUUUCUUCAUACACUUGUUUAAAAUCUAAAAACUUCAGACUUCCACUUAAAAGCAACUAUCGAACACCAGAUGCUGCUGGCGCUUCGUGGAUUGUAUGUUUUGCAGACCCUUUAUUUCCCAUAUGAACUAAAUAAAGAUAUAUUCUAUGUUGGAGUAUAAGCUAUUAUAGAGGUAGAGGGUUGUUGUAUUUAGCGGGUACUUUUGGUGCAAUAUUUGUGUUCUGGCUCAAACUGGUCAAUUCAAAUCAGCUUUCUGUCACAAUGUGUGUGGAUGUUUGCCCAGUUGCUUUUUGUGCUUGACUUAUGAACUAAUUUGUGUGUGUGGCUGUCUCCUUAUUACAGUUAUUUUUUUUUUUUAACCAGUAAGUUGACUAACUAAGCCUGUUUUACUGAGCUUUUCUCAGUAGAGCCCACUUUAUUAUUUUGGGGUUUUGACCUUGUGCCUCCCAAGAAAACUUUUAUAAAUAUGUAUACAAGCUUUACUUUGAACGUUGCACAACCUUGUCUUUGAAUGUUUGUCAAUGUGUAAGUCAGAUUUUCCUUUAUAAAAAGCCAAGAUUUUCUAUUUAUUGCCGCAUAGGGGUGAUUUAUCUUAAUUAGCCCAAAUAGAAGUCAUUAAUACUAGACCACCAGGAAAGCUAGCUAUAGCGUAAUGUCUUUUAUUUUGUCAUCCUUAAGGCCAGUAUACAGUACUUAACACUUUAGAGCUCUGCUAACCCUGGUAAACAACUUCCUAUCAGGCAUGUUUGAUUAUAGAGUGGAGCAAACUGUUAUUCGUGUUCUGGUUCCAAUACUAAACACUGGUUGUACAGCUCUUUUUUGUUUGUUUGUUUGUUAUCACUGUAAACAUUUAAACCCCUUUUCAGUGCACCAUGAAUUGAAAGCAUUGAAACAUGGUGCUUGCUGGUCUAUUCAGACCACACUAAAGGUUUUCCCCACACAAUAGAAGAAAAUCUAUUACAGUAUAGUAUUAUAAGACAUGGGUAAUAAAGGAGCAGUAUGGACUGAAUAUCUUUAUAGUUGUUUUUAGGAAGUGUGCAUUAUUAUCAGCUGACUCCUGGAAGUACAGUAUUGUUGCACUAUGAACAGACACCCAAUUAUGACAGAUCGGUUCUCCUUUUUUAUGUUCGCCUUGGAUUUCCAUUUCUGAAACGUUGCGCUCUCCUGAACAUCCUGUCCCUAAUGCAGUGUAAAGAGGGUAUGAUGUAUUUGUGAAGUAAAAAUGAACAGCUUUUUCUACCCUUCAUACACAAAUGACUCUUCCUAAAGCAGAUUUUAAUAAAAUAUUCCAGUGAAAGUG